UUUAUCUACGUGCGUUGUGUUUUAGUGGAUCUUCCGAAGCAGCUCGUUUUGUCGGUAACAGCGCGACAGCGCUUUAUGGCGAUAUCAUUGUUUUAGAGGGGCAUUCUUUCUGAGCAUUCAUCCUGCUGCGAGAAGGUAAAGCCGGCAUGCGAUUUGAGAGAGACCGCGGAGUUUGCCGCGGCAUGUAGUUCACGGGUAACGGACGUCGACUGCAAAGCAUCGGAAAUCCUAAGCUGGGACCAGCGACGCGCAUCGGCCGGUGUUUGGAUCGCUAGCCUUGCAGUUCCAAACUACUAUAUGUCACCGUAAUGGAGAGCGAGCGAUCGAGACCGGGGCAUGCGAGGAAGAAGGUUUCGUCCGUCCGCAGCGUCGUCGUCUAAUUCGCCCGUGUCACAAGUCGUUGCCUGGCCGCAUAGCCUGGCCGCAGCCGCGAGGGAAUAAACAGCCAUGAGUGCACAGUGUCCGGCCGCCGUGAAAGAUAUUCUUGCUCUAGGAGACUCCUGUGUGGCCUGGCUGGAGGCGGGGCUCGUUCAAGAAUGGGUGAAGACCGGUCGAUUGUUGCUGCUGGUGCAGCAUUCGGACACAGCGCACGGGUUGCUGGUGUGUCCACGCUUAGGCGUGGGAUCGACAGGGCGUGCACCCGAUGUGACUUACAUGGCAGAGCAUGCCUUCCCCAUCGACCAAGAUUUCAAGUGUGAAAUUGACACCUCUUGUUCACAUGGAAAAGCCGGAGCUGACAUGUACGUGAAAGUGGCCCACAAGCGUCGGAAACUGCUGCUUGAGCUUCCAGCCACGGACGGAGCCAGAUCAUUCCUGGCCCAAGUGGGCAGAGCUGCAGAACGGCAUGCCCUGCUGCGUGGGGCUGGGAGCGAUUUUUCCUGGCUGAGCCAGUACGGUGGGACCCAGGAGCUGAGUAACGACAGCCUGCUCAACAGUCCCGGUGAGCCACCGCGGCAGACAAUUGCCGAAGGGGCCACGCCGCUCGCCGCUCGAGAAAGCGUGGUGCGGCUCCAAUUGGCCAUGCGUGAAGAUGACUACACUCAUCUCGAGGAGAUCAGAUUUUUCCUGGGGACAUGGAAUGUGAAUGGCCAGGCAUGUGGCAAUGUGAACCUGAAUGAUUGGCUGUCAGCCGAUCCUGAGCCUCCACAGCUCUAUGCCGUCGGCUUCCAGGAGCUUGACCUUAGCAAGGAGGCCUUGCUGUUCACCGACAGUCCUCGCGAAGAAGAGUGGCUUCGGACUGUUGCCCUUGGUCUUCACUCAGGCUGUCGGUACCGGUUGGUGAAGCUGGUGCGUCUAGUGGGAAUGAUGCUGGUGCUGUUUGUGGAGGAGCGUCUGGCACCCCAUGUGCAGGAGGUGGAGGCCCACUGGGUUGGCACAGGCAUCCUUGGCAAGAUGGGCAACAAAGGUGCGGUGGGCAUCCGUCUGCGGCUGCAUGCCUCGUCCCUCUGCUUCGUCUGCUGCCACCUGGCCGCCCACCAAGAGGAAUGCCAACGCCGCAACCAGGACUACGCCGACAUCUGUGCACGCCUUUCCUUUGGCCCCACUGACCGGGUGCUCUCGGACCAUGAGCAGAUCUUCUGGCUGGGUGACCUUAACUACAGGUUGGCAGACCUUGAGCAUGAUCGAGUGAAGAGCUUGGUGGAGCAAGGCCUUCUGGAGAAACUCUUGGAAAAUGACCAGUUGCGACAACAGCAGCAGCAGGGCAAGGUUUUUGGAGGCUACACAGAGGGACCAAUAACAUUUAGACCAACGUACAAGUACGCCCCUGGCACACAGCUCUGGGAUACUAGCGAGAAGCAACGUGCACCAGCAUGGUGUGAUCGCAUCCUCUGGAAGGGUCCCCACGUGAAACAGCUGCGCUACAGUUCUCACGAGUCAUACACACUGAGUGACCACAAGCCAGUCAGUGCCUACUUCAAGGUGGGCGUCAAAGUCAUCGACACUGCUCGCUACCGCACCAUCUAUGAAGAGAUUAUGAAGAAACUGGACAAGCUGGAAAAUGAAUUUCUGCCGCAGGUGGCCGUUGACCGGCUUGAGGUCCAGUUUGAAAAGCUGCACUUCAUGGAAAGCCAAGUGCAGACCCUCACUGUUGCCAACACUGGUCAGGUACCAGUAGAGUUCUGCUUCCGCCCAAAGUUGGACAAUGGACGCUACUGCAAGGAGUGGCUGAGGGCCAUUCCAGCAUCAGGCGCCAUCAAGCCAGGAGAGACAUGCCAGGUGUCUCUAGAAUUGUGUGUGGACAAGCGAACUGCGUGGCAGUUGAACAGUGCCUCGGACACUCUUGAAGACAUCUUAGUGCUUCAUUUGGAGCGGGGGAAAGACAUCUUUAUAUCUGUGUCUGGAGAGUAUGAGCCAAGCUGCUAUGGCUGCUCCUUGGAAGCCUUGGCUCGUAUACCUUGCCCUGUACGGGAGCUGGGCAGAGAACAGCUGCUCAAAGUGGAGCGGAGCCCCUGUGAAGAGGGUCUCCUGGCAGUGCCUUUUGAGGUGCCCAAAGAGCUCUGGCUUCUGGUCGACCACCUCCACAAGUACGGACUCACCCAGGAUGACCUCUUUCAGCAAUCUGGUCUCAGCUGGGAACUCCACCUAAUAAGAGAUGCCCUCGAUGCACGCCUUGAUGGCCACCUGCCUGGCAGUGUACACUCCAUGGCUGAGGCACUCCUGCUGUUUCUGGACUCCCUGCCUGAGCCUGUGGUUCCAUAUGCCUGCUACCAGCGUUGCCUUGAUUGCUCAAACAAUUUCAUUCUUUCUAAACAGGUUGUUUCCCAAAUGGUGCCAGAAGUGCACAGGCAUACAUUCCUCUACCUGGUCUGCUUCCUAAAAGAGCUACUCGCACACUCUACGGAAAACAAGCUGGAUGCAAAGCUUCUGGCAAAUGUAUUUGGCCCUGUUCUCUUGAGGCCCAAAGGCCAGCCCUCAACAGAACUUGGCCCAUCCUCAUGGGACGCACGGCGAGACACUGAUGAACGCAAGAGUGCAGCAUUUAUCUACCAUUUUCUCAUGAAUGACUACACGGAUUAAAUACAC